GAACGAUACGCACACUGGCCUCAUUGGAUCUGGAAACGAAGCCGAACUACUGGCUGACGGUUUGCGCACAGGACCAAGCCGUUGUUCCGCUGCACUCUUGCGUACAGGUUUACAUCGAGGUGCAGAACGAAAACGAUAACGUGCCGCUCACCGAGGACGCCGUGUACUAUCCCUCGGUACCGGAAAGCAGCCCGCCGAACGUGAAGGUCCUGCAGCUAGCGGCCGAAGAUCGAGAUAUCGAUCCACUGCAGCAGAUUUCCUAUCGCAUUAUCUCCGGCAAUCCGGAGGGCAACUUCGCCAUCAACAGCACCAGCGGGCUAAUAACUACCACCGCGCGAAAGCUGGAUCGGGAAAAUCAACCUGAACAUAUACUUGAGGUCCUGGUGAUGGACAACGGCGAGCCGCAGCUAUCGUCGACGACGCGCGUCGUCGUGCAGGUCGAGGACGUUAACGACCACGCGCCCGAGUUCGAUCAGAAAAUGUACAAGGUGCAGAUACCGGCGAACGCCAAAAUCGAUCAGCCACUGUUUCAGAAUGAUUACGCUAGCAGUGGCUACGAACCGCCGGAGCUGGAACUGACCGAACCGAUGCUGUCCGAUCCGGACGUCGGGCUGGACGAUGCGGCCACGUGGGAAUCGUUUCCGGAGAAAAACUUCAACGACCUGCAAGUCAUCUUUCGGGUACUGGCGACGGAUCAGGAUAUCGGCGAAAACGGUCGCGUCACGUACUCGAUCAAGCCGGGCCGCGGGAAGGCGAAAAAGUUCCGCAUCGAUCCGGACACGGGCGUGAUCUACGCGGCCCGCACGUUCGAGAUCGACACCGAGUACGAUCUGCUGGUGCGGGCGGAGGACCACGGCGUGCCGAAGCGCUCCCAGCAGGCGCGCGUCGUCGUGGCCGUCGUCGGUGUGCCGCUCGAGUCGGAGAACGCACCGGUGGUGAAGACGGGCGACCAGCACGUGGAGGUGACGGAGAGCGAUGCGCCCGGCUACCUGGUGACGCUGAUCCAGGCGUCCGACGCCGACGGCGAGCAGGUCUGGUACGACAUCGUGGGCGGCGACGAGCGGCACGAGUUCUACAUCGGGCGGGACAAUGGGAACGUGCUGCUGGCGAAGUAUCUGGACUGGGAGCGGCAGCGCGAGUACAACAUCACGAUCAGCAUCUCGGACGGGGUGCACAUGGUGUACACGCAGCUGUACGUGUCGGUGAUCGACAUCAACGACCACCGGCCCGAGUUUACCGAGUCGGUGUACCGGGUGGACAUUUCGGAGAACAUCGAGGAGGGCAUGGAGGUGCUGCAGCUGCACGCGACGGACGAGGACGAGGACAAGAAGCUGUUCUACAGCUUGCACGCGGCGAGGGAUCCGGUAUCGCUGAAGCUGUUCCGGGUGGACUCCGUCACCGGGAGCAUCGUGAUGGCGCACCGGCUCGAUCGGGAAACGCUCGCCGAGCACGUGCUGAUAGUGAUUGUGAAGGAUCAGGGCACGCCGGCGAAGCGCAACUACGCCACCGUCAUCAUUACCGUGCACGAUCAUAACGACCACGCGCCCGAGUUCACGACGAAGAUCGUGCAGGGGAAGGUGUACGAGACGGCAGCGGUCGGGACGCAGGUGGUGCAGGUGUACGCGAUCGAUCGGGACGUGGGCGACAAUGCGCAGAUCGCGUACACGAUCGUGAGCGGCAACAUUGGCAACGUGUUCGGCAUCGAUCCGAGCAUGGGCGUGAUCAGUGUGGCGAAGCAGCUCGACAUCAGCACGCUGUCCGAGUACAUGCUGCAGGUGAAGGCGACCGACGGUGGGAAGCCGCCGCUUUCCUCCCAGAUCCCGGUGCACAUCAUGAUCGGCAUGGCGGACAACGCGCCGCCCCGCUUCAUCUCGGACGAUCCGGCGGCGGAAAUCUACGAAAACCAACCGAUCGGCACGUUCGUCAUCCACCUGGAGGCACGCAGCACCUCGUCGCUGCUGUUCCAGAUCAUCGGCGGCAACGUGGGCGACAUGUUCUUCAUCAACCCGUCGACCGGCGUCAUCACGACGAAGGACCAGCUCGACUACGAGCACAACAAGUUCUACAAUUUGACGGUGCGCGCCACGAACAUGGCGUCGGCGUCGGCCACCUGCUCGGUCACUAUUAACGUGCUGGACCGCAACGACAACGUGCCGUACUUCGAGCAGCAGGUGUACUGGGGCGAGGUGUCGGAGGCGGCCCCGAUCGGGUCGCUCGUGUUGACGCUGUCGGAGGCACUGGCGCCGAACGGCAGUGCGAUAACGGGCAACCAUAAUCAUCUCGUGAACGCUUCGCUGCCGCUCGUGAUCCGGGCGCGGGACGACGAUUCCGGCCUGAAUGCGCUGCUCCACUACGACAUCCUGGAUAUGCUGCCGCGCAGGUACUUCCACAUCGACUCGAGCACCGGCGCGAUCAAGACGAUCAUGUUCCUGGACCACGAAAAGAUCCCGUUCUUCAGCUUUCACGUCAAGGUAACUGAUCUCGGUAAGCCACGGCUGACGUCGGAACUGACAGCGGAAGUGCGCAUCAACAUCACGGACGUGAACGACUGUGCGCCCACGUUCAGCCAGAGCGAGUACAACGUGACGCUGCUGCUGCCGACCUACGCCAACGUGGCCGUGCUGCAAGUGAACGCGACCGACGAGGACAGCUCGGAAAACUCCACCCUCCGGUACGACAUCAUCGAGGGCAACCGGGACGGUGUGUUCGCCAUCGAUGCCACCACCGGCAUCAUCACGACGCGGGACGUCGAAAGCAUCGGCCCCGCCUACCGUCUCGCGGUGCGCGUCUCGGACGGCAAGUUCGCGAAGGUGGCGCAGGUGCACGUGAACGUCGAGACGUCCGAAAACUCGGGCCUCAUCUUCCAGCGCCCGACGUACGAGGGUUCCAUCAUGGAGAACAGCACGAAGAUCAGCACCGUCGCGGUGGUGAACGUGCUCGGCUCGACGCUGAACGAGCACAUCGAGUUUGCCAUCCUCAACCCGACCGACAUGUUCCAGAUCGGGCUAACGUCCGGCGCGAUCCAGACGACGGGCCGCAAGUUCGAUCGGGAGGUGCGCGACAACUACGAGCUCAUCGUGGAGGCCCGCUCCCAGCAGCCGGACCGGGAGAAGCCGCGCGUCGCCCACGUCAUCGUGAACGUGACGAUACUGGACAUCAACGACAACUGUCCGAUGUUUGUGAACCUGCCGUACUACGCGGUCGUGUCGGUGGACGAUCCGCGCGGCUCCGUCAUCACCAAGGUGCACGCGCUCGACCUGGACAGCUUCGAGAACGGGGAGGUGCGGUACGAGAUGAAGCGCGGCCACGGCGAGCUGUUCAAGGUGGACCGCAAGACGGGCGAGGUGACGCUGAAGCAGACGCUCGAGGGCCACAACCGCGACUACGAGCUGCUGAUAUCGGCGUACGACGGCGGCAUCACACCCUGCUCGACGGACGUUACCGUACACGUGAAGGUGAUAGAUAAAUCGAUGCCGGUGUUCAGCAAGCAGUUCUACUCGGACACGGUUGCGGAAAACAUCGAGCUGCAUUCGCCGCUGUCGGUUGCCAUCCAGGCGGAGAGCCCGCUCGGCCGGAAGCUGAUCUACAGCAUCGUGAAGGGCAACGAGAUGGAGGAGUUCGCCGUCGAUUUCAACACGGGUAAGUCACGCAACGCACGCCCUGCGGUAGAGACACAGUUUUCUCUCCAGUUUUUUUUGUGUGUGCUCUAUUUUCUUUCUUAACAGCAGUAUAGUGAAACCGUACUCCCCCCCUCAGCUCAAACUGUCAUCCGAUAAAUUAGUAUUGAGAACCCACACCAGAAGCUAUGUGGGCUCAAUCUCUCUCCCUUUCGCUCUAGAGUCUGUUCUUUCCAUCCGCUACUGUGGUGCAAAAGUUUUGGUCCUUCGAACCGGAUUCGGUUCCCGUGGUUGAUUGCUAGAAGAAGCUUUUUUCUUUUGGUUAGCCACUAUUCUCUACUCGGACGUUCUGAGCAGCAUGGGGCGGUGGUUACCACCCACUGCCGAAAGUGAUAGAAGACCUCAAACAGUCACACACACAUACACACAGACACACGGAUGCAGGCAUAGAAAAAUAUUGCUCCUGUGUUCUGUUCCUCACUUUCUCAUUCGCCGAGUCCGGUUUCCGGUGGACGGAAACCAAUGCACCGUGUAGCGGGUUGCAAACAGUUCCAGAGAAUUAAUUUCCUUGACGUUCACCGGGAGGAUACGGUACCGGUCAGACCGGCCUUGGUAGACCAUUCGUGCUUCGUCACUUUCACGUUUUAUGUGAUAUUUUUCUUUCCGGCUGGCGAUUUUUUGUCCGCCUCUGCUUCGCUCUCCGUCUCUCAAUCUGCUUUGUUUUAGGUUAGGUUUUGAUCGUGUUUUUUUUCCUUUCUAUGGCAGGCAUAUCAUCACCCAAAAAAAACAUGCCUUACGUCGAUUAAAAGCAAUCGACAAAGUGAAACAAUCUCCCAGAUUCCACCAGGUCUUUUGUGUGUCCGAUCUUUGCAGCGGAGGCAAUUUUUUGUCUGUGUAUGUGUGUUGGAAUUUUCUUACUGUUGGGAAGUGCUCGCCGGCACUUGUCAAGCAUUCGUUGUUUCGCUUGGGUUUUUUUUUUGGUCGUUUGUUUUCGGUAAGCUCUUCCAACCGGGGGAGGUAGAAUUUAAUAAACUCGCUUCAUCGAACAGUAGUUACAUUUUUGUCUCGAAUCGCGCCGCUGCUCGUUACUUCGUCGUGCCGCCGGUGCUACGGUCGCUGAUACUUUCCGACGGAG